AUGCCACGCAAGGAACGCAAAGCUGCGAAAUUGUGGUCGCUCCACCCAAAGCUUCAUGACGACGUAGCACAGUUGUUAAACGAAGAAGGGCUUCAACUAGACUUCCUCAACGCCGAUGAUGAGGAAACCAACAUUGAGGAACGGGACACGAACGUUAUGGGCCGAUUCAUAUGCCGAAACAGCGGAUGUCACUCCAGCGGUUGGUCCAGCAAAAAGAUCGCGAUUACAAUUCGCAUGUACCCCCGCCAGCUAUAUAAUGCGCGAGUGUAUCACCAGCGAUGCAAAAACUGCAGAGCCGUUGGUCGGCUAGUCCUGGAUCAGGGGUGCUAUGCAGAAAGAGUGACAUACUGGCUCAAAAAAUGGAAUGGUAUUGAAGUAGAGAAACCCAGAUUUUCUGGUCAGAGCAGAGGUCCGCAUGAUAGUGAACUGUGUGAGGGAUGUAAAGCUGGCCAUUGUCCCAACUCGAAUGAGGAUUUAGCAUUAGUACUGGCUAGAUUGUCUAUCUGA